GCUGAGAAUAGAAUGCGGACGCUUUCUGAUUGCACGUAUCAUUUAAAAAAUUAAUGCUUCGUUUAUAGCAACGCAUAACAUUGGCUCCGCACCGGCGAAAAAUUUCUCCUAUCGAUCGAUCCUCGACAAGAAAGGGCAAACGCGCGAAGCUUCGACCUCGCAACUUUUCAUAGUUCCUGAUCAAGUAAUAUGCAAGGAAAAAAAUAGGGUUAGGAAUAUCAUCAAAAAGAAUAACAAUAAGCAUUUUUCCAAUUGCUGUGAAUAAAAAAAAGGAUUAAAAAUAUGCAUUCAUAGAAAAUAUAUUUGAUGUGAUAUAUCCUAAUGCAUAAUGUCUCCUGAACCUACUCAAGAACCUAUAGAAGAAAGUUUAAACGUACCUAAUUUGAUCAUUGAUACAAGGAUGGCAACAGAUUCUGACAGCGAAGAUGAAGAUAUUGGAAUGGCUGGAUAUAUGCCAUUGUCUCAAUUACCUACUGAUAGCGAUCUUAUAUUAGAAGAUGAUGAAGAUGACGAAUGGAUAUCUCAAACUGGUGAAACAAAUCAUGCAGUACCUGUAUCAUUAAGCGAUUCACAGCAGACAUGCCUUAGCGAAACAAUAGAAGUAUGGUCAUCUCCAUCUAAUAGAUCUAAUAUAGAUAUGGAUGCAGAUAAAAUUAAUCAAGUAAAAUCAAUGAUGGCAACUUUCACAUUACCGUCCACAGCAAUUCCAGAAUGGGCAAAUACUAUUUCUGAGGAAGAAUGGAAAGAACAAUUAAUCGAUCGUAUAAAAGAAAUGCAAAAUAAAGAAAAGUGAAGCUAGAGAGUUUAAUAACUUUUACAUAUUUUACAUGAAAUUAUAUUCAGAAGAUCAAAACUCCACCACACAUUUAUUAUGAUAUAGUUAAUGAAAUUUAUUUUUCAAGAUACAAUAUUUCUUAUGUUAAAUAUAAGAAAAUUUACUUUUUAAUAUGUGCUAUAUUAUGAAUAAUGCAUGUUACGUGAAUAUAUCCAUAAUUGGUGAUGUAUUAAACUAUAUUUAAUUAUAAUCUUAAUCUGAUAAAUACUGUUACCAUUAAUAAUUAUAUUAUUUCAUAUAUAUUGUU